AUGACAACCCUAAGAUCGAGUUGGCCUUCGAGGCUGCGCCAACUUCUGUCGAACGAGGGUAGCAUUGGUCCUUCUGUUAAGUUGGACACUGAGCCCCCUCCUAAGAUCAAAGCCUUCAUUGAGAAGAUCAUCAAGUGUCCAUUACAAGAUAUUGCCAUACCACUUUCUGGCUUUCGGUGGGAGUACAAUAAGGGGAAUUUUCAUCACUGGAGACCAUUGUUGCUUCAUUUUGAUACAUACUUCAAGACUUACUUGUCAUGUAGAAAUGAUUUGACUUUGUUAGAUAAUCUAGAAGAUGACAGCCCAUUACCAAAACAUGCAAUUCUGCAAAUAUUACGAGUGACACAAAUAAUUUUAGAGAACUGUGCAAACAAGAGUUCCUUUGAUGGCUUAGAGCAUUUCAAGCUUUUACUUGCAUCGACAGAUCCUGAGAUUCUUAUUGCUGCAUUGGAAACUCUUUCUGCGCUUGUAAAAAUUAAUCCCUCUAAGCUUCAUGGAAGUGCAAAGAUGAUUUGCUGUGGUUCUGUGAACAGCUAUCUUUUGUCUCUGGCUCAGGGCUGGGGAAGCAAGGAGGAGGGCCUGGGAUUGUACACUUGUGUUAUGGCAAAUGAGAAAGCCCAAGAUGAAGCACUGUGCUUAUUUCCUUCUGAUGUUGAAAAGAUUGGUCAUGACCAAUCAAAUUACCGAAUAGGUACUACCCUUUAUUUUGAAUUGCAUGGUCCUAGUGCCCAGAGCAAGGAACAAAGUGCAGAGGCAGUUUCCCUUGGCUCAACAGUUAUACACAUGCCAGAUUUGCAUCUGCACAAAGAAGAUGAUUUGUCAUUGAUGAAGCAGUGCAUUGAACAAUAUAGCAUUCCUUCUGAGCUAAGAUUUUCCUUGCUCACUAGAAUCAGAUAUGCUCGUGCCUUUCGGUCUCCUAGAAUAUGCAGGCUUUACAGCAGGGUUUGCCUACUUUCUUUCAUUGUUCUGGUGCAGUCAGGCGAUGCUCAGGAUGAACUUGUCUCGUUUUUUGCUAAUGAACCAGAAUAUACAAACGAAUUGAUUAGAAUUGCACGAUCAGAGGAAGUUGUAUCUGGAUCUAUUAGAACACUUGCAAUGCUUGCUUUAGGAGCUCAAUUAGCAGCAUAUACAUCAUCGCAUCAUCGAGCACGGAUACUCAGUGGAACUAGUUUAACUUUUGCUGGUGGGAACCGCAUGAUACUCCUGAAUGUGCUUCAGAGGGCUAUUUUGUCAUUGAAGAGUUCUAAUGAUCCAUCAUCCCUUGCCUUUGUUGAAGCACUUCUCCAGUUCUAUCUGCUUCAUGUAGUUUCAAUGUCGACAUCUGGAAAUAAUAUUAGAGGUUCUGGUAUGGUGUCUACUUUCUUGCCGUUGCUGGAGGAUUUUGACCCUACACAUAUUCAUCUAGUCUGUUUUGCUGUGAAAACACUUCAGAAGCUUAUGGAUUAUAGCAGCUCAUCUGUAUCAUUGUUUAGAGAAUUGGGUGGCGUUGAACUUUUGGCUCAGAGAUUACAGAAAGAGGUACACAGAGUCGUUGGUUUGGUUGGAGAAACUGGUAGCAUGAUGGUUACUAGUGAAAGCUUGAGACAUAGUACUGAUCAAUUGCACUCACAGAAGAGGCUCAUAAAGGUCUCCCUUAAAGCUCUUGGUUCUGCAACAUAUGUGCCUGCGAACUCUACGAGAUCUCAACAUUCUCACGACAGUUCAUUACCUACGACUCUGAGCUUGAUUUUUCAGAAUGUAGAUAAGUUCGGAGGUGACAUUUAUUAUUCAGCUGUUACUGUUAUGAGUGAGAUAAUUCACAAAGAUCCUACAUGUUUUUCUGCUCUGCAUGAAAUGGGUCUUCCUGAUGCAUUUUUAUUGUCUGUUGGAUCUGACAUACUUCCUUCAUCAAAGGCUUUGACAUGCAUUCCAAAUGGUCUUGGCGCCAUUUGUCUUAAUGCCAAAGGGUUGGAGGCUGUUAGAGAAUCUUCAUCACUACGGUUCCUUGUUGACAUUUUCACUAGCAAGAAGUAUGUUUUAGCCAUGAAUGAGGCUAUUGUUCCUUUGGCAAAUGCUGUGGAGGAACUUCUACGCCAUGUAUCUUCACUGAGAAGCACUGGUGUUGAUGUUAUAAUUGAAAUCAUCCAUAAGAUUGCAUCCUUUGGGGAUGGAAUUAGGAUAGGAUUUUCUGGAACAGCUGAGAGCACUGCAAUGGAAACAGAUUCUGAAAACAAAGAAAAUGAAGGCCACUGUUGCAUUGUAGGUACAUCAAAUUCAGCUGUAGAAGGGAUAAGUGAUGAGCAGUUUAUUCAGCUUUGUGUCUUUCAUUUGAUGGUAUUGGUUCAUAGGACUAUAGAAAAUGCCGAGACAUGCCGGUUGUUUGUGGAAAAAUCAGGAAUUGAAGCCUUAUUGAAGUUGUUGUUACGCCCCACUAUUGCACAAUCCUCAGAUGGUAUGUCUAUUGCUUUACAUAGCACCAUGGUAUUUAAAGGGUUUGCUCAACAUCAUUCCAUUCCUCUGGCACGUGCCUUCUGUUCUUCCCUUAAAGAGCACUUGAAGAAAGCUUUAGCAGGAUUUGAUGCAGCAUCUGAGCCUUUGUUACUGGAUCCAAGGAUGACAUCUGAUGGUGGCAUCUUUUCUUCACUUUUCCUGGUUGAGUUCCUUCUAUUUCUUGCUGCAUCAAAAGACAAUCGCUGGGUGACUGCACUGCUUACGGAAUUUGGAAACGGGAGUAAGGAUGUCCUUCAAGAUAUUGGGCUUGUACAUCGUGAAGUUCUGUGGCAAAUUGCUCUACUUGAAAAUAGAAAACCCGAGAGUGAUGAAGAUGGUGUUUGUUCUUCUGAUUCACAACAAGCUGAAGGGGAUGCAAGUGAAACUGAAGAGCAAAGAAUUAAUUCUUUUAGGCAGUUUCUUGAUCCAUUAUUGAGAAGGAGAACACCAGGAUGGAACAUUGAAUCUCAGUUUUUUAACCUUAUAAACCUGUAUCGAGAUUUGGGCCGUUCCACUGGUUCUCAACAUCGAUCAAUUUCGCUUGGGCCUUCUAACAUGCGGUCAAGUUUUAGCAAUCAUGUCCAGCAUUCUGGGUCUGAUGAUACUUCUGGGACUACUAAUAAGAAGGAAUCUGAUAAGCAGAGACCAUAUUAUACUUCUUGUUGUGACAUGAUCAAAUCACUUUCAUUUCACAUUACCCAUUUGUUCCAGGAGUUAGGAAAAGUAAUGUUGCUACCUUCACGUCGACGUGAUGAUGUUGUGAAUGUAAGUCCUGCUUCAAAAUCAGUGGCUUUAACAUUUGCAUCCAUUGCUUUUGAUCACAUGAAUUAUGGUGGUCGAUGUGUAAGUCUCUCUGGAACAGAAGAAUCCAUAUCAACAAAAUGUCGAUAUUUUGGGAAGGUGAUUGAUUUUAUGGAUAAUAUUCUAAUGGAGAGGCCAGAUUCAUACAACCCUAUUCUGCUGAAUUGCUUGUACGGACGUGGAGUUAUUGAAACUGUAUUAACUACUUUUGAAGCUACCAGUCAGCUGCUCUUUACAGUCAAUCGGGCUCCUGCCUCGCCUAUGGAUACUGAUGAUGCAAAUGCAAAGCAAGAUGACAAGGAAGAUUCAGACAGUUCUUGGAUUUAUUGUUCUUUAGCUAGUUAUGGGAAAUUGAUGGACCAUCUAGUGACCUCCUCUUUUAUAUUGUCAUCAUUCACAAAGCAUUUGCUUGCACAACCCCUAACUAAUGGUGAUACACCUUUCCCAAGGGAUGCUGAGACUUUUGUGAAGGUCCUUCAAUCCAGAGUGAUGAAGACUGUACUUCCUGUUUGGACUCAUCCCCAGUUUGUUGACUGUAGUUAUGAAUUUAUCUCUACAGUAAUUUCUAUAAUUAGACAUGUCUACACAGGCAUUGAAGUAAAAAAUGUGAAUGGCAGUGGUGGGGCUCGCAUUACUGGGCCACCUCCUAAUGAAACAACCAUUUCAACCAUUGUAGAGAUGGGGUUUUCCAGGUCUAGAGCAGAAGAAGCUUUGAGGCAAGUUGGGUCAAAUAGUGUGGAGUUGGCAAUGGAGUGGUUGUUCUCUCAUCCUGAGGAGACACAAGAAGAUGAUGAACUUGCUCGUGCACUUGCCAUGUCCCUUGGAAACUCUGAAUCAGAUGCUAAGGAUGCAGUUGCUAAUGACAAAAGCCUGCAUGUUGAGGAAGAGAUGGUCCAACUGCCUCCUGUUGAUGAGUUGCUAUCUACUUGCACAAAACUUUUGUCAAAGGAACCACUUGCUUUUCCAGUCCGUGACCUUCUUGUGAUGAUAUGCUCUCAGGAUGAUGGUCAACAUAGAUCUAUUGUGGUCUCUUUUAUUGUGGAGCAGAUUAAAGAAUGUGGCUUGGUUUCUAGCAAUGGAAAUUAUGCAAUGCUGGCUGCUCUUUUUCAUGUUCUUGCUUUAAUUCUUAAUGAAGAUGCUGUAGCUAGGGAAGCUGCGUCAACGAGUGGUUUGAUCAAAAUUGCCUCUGAUAAACUUUUACAGUGGGAUUCUAGUCUAGAUAAUAGGGAGAAGCAACAGGUACCAAAAUGGGUCACUGCUGCUUUCCUUGCAUUAGAUAGGUUGUUGCAAGUGGAUCAAAAGUUGAAUUCUGAAGUUGCGGAGCAGUUGAAGAAGGAAGCUGUGAAUAGCCAGCAGACAUCAAUUACCAUUGAUGAAGACAGGCAAAACAAGUUGCAGUCUGCAUUGGGGCUCUCUAUGAAGUAUGCGGAUAUACAUGAACAGAAGAGACUUGUUGAGAUUUCUUGUAGUUGUAUGAAGAAUCAACUUCCAUCCGAUACCAUGCAUGCUAUUCUGCUACUGUGUUCCAAUCUUACAAGGAAUCAUUCUGUAGCUCUUACCUUUUUGGAUGCUGGUGGUCUAAGUCUACUUCUUUCUUUGCCAACCAGCAGCCUCUUCCCUGGGUUUGACAAUGUUGCUGCCAGUAUUGUUCGUCAUGUUCUUGAAGAUCCGCAAACACUCCAGCAAGCAAUGGAAUCUGAGAUAAAACAUAGUCUUAUAGUUGCUUCUAACCGGCAUCCAAAUGGAAGGGUCAAUCCUCAUAAUUUCCUUUUAAAUUUAGCUUCUGUAAUUUCUCGGGAUCCAGCAACUUUUAUGCUAGCUGCUCAAUCUGUGUGUCAAGUUGAAAUGGUAGGUGAGAGGCCAUACAUUGUCUUGCUGAAAGAUAGGGAUAAAGACAAAGCUAAGGAGAAAGAUAAAGUACAGAACAGUGAUGGGAAGGUUAGUUUGGGAAAUACAAACACAGCACCUUCUGGCAAUGGCAAUGGCAAAAUUCAUGAUUCAAAUACCAAGAGUACCAAAGGUCAUAGAAAACCCACCCAAAGCUUUAUCAACGUAAUAGAACUUCUUCUUGAAUCUAUAUCCACUUUUGUUCCCCCCUCGAAGGAUGACAUUGCUUCAAAUGCUCUUCCGGGUACUGCAGCAUCAACUGAUAUGGAAAUUGAUGUCUCCUUGGUAAAGGGAAAAGGAAAAGCAGUUGCCACUGUGUCUGAGGACAAUGAAACAAGUAGUCAGGAAGCUUCUGCAUCACUUGCGAAGAUUGUCUUCAUUCUAAAGCUUCUGACAGAGAUAUUACUGAUGUAUUCAUCAUCUGUUCAUGUUCUACUUCGACGGGAUACUGAAGUGAGCAGCAUAAGGGGUUCUUUUCAAAAGAAUCCUGCAGGUUUAAACAUGGGUGGAAUAUUCUGCCAUAUUCUUCAUAAUUUUCUUGCAUAUUCUCGAAACUCAAAGAAGGAUAAGAAAGUUGAUGGUGAUUGGAGGCAGAAGCUAGCAACCAGGGCCAACCAGUUUAUGGUGGCUGCUUGUGUUCGGUCUGCAGAGGCAAGGAAGAGGGUUUUUGGUGAGAUUAGUUAUAUUAUCAAUGAAUUUGUUGAUUUAUGUCAUGGUAUCAAGAGUCCAGGCAAUGAAAUUCAGGUUUUUGUUGAUCUAUUAAAUGAUGUUUUGGCUGCACGUACACCUUCUGGUUCAUCCAUCUCAGCUGAGGCCACCACCACUUUUAUAGAUGCUGGUUUGGUGAAAUCAUUCACUUGUACUCUGCAAGUUUUGGACCUUGAUCAUGCUGAUUCAUCUGAAGUUGCUACUGGAAUUAUUAAAGCUCUUGAAUUGGUAACCAAGGAGCAUGUCCAUUCAGUUGACUCUAGCACAGCGAAGGGUGAUAAUUCAGCAAAACCUUCUGUUCUUAGUCAACCUGGAAGAACAAAUAACAUUGUUGAGAUGUCUCAGUCCAUGGAAAUGACCUCACAAGCCAAUCCUGAUUCCCUUCAAGUUGACCAUGUUGGGUCUUAUGCGGUUCGCUCCUAUGGUGGUGGGUCUGAAGCUGUUACUGAUGAUAUGGAACAUGAUCAAGAUUUUGAUGGGAGUUUUGCUCCUGCUAAUGAGGAUGAUUACAUGCAUGAAAAUUCUGAGGAUGCCAGAGAUCUUGAAAAUGGAAUGGAAAAUGUGGAACUAGAGUUUGAAAUUCAACCUCGCGGCCAAGAAAAUCUUGAUGAAGAUGACGAUGAUAUGUCUGGAGAUGAAGGUGAAGAUGUUGAUGAAGAUGAAGAUGAUGACGAGGAACACAAUGAUUUGGAAGAAGUCCAUCAUUUAGCACAUCCUGACACAGAUCAAGAUGAACAUGAGAUUGAUGAUGAAGAUUUUGAUGAUGAAGUGAUGGAGGAAGAGGAUGACGAUGAGGAGGAAGAUGAAGAUGGUGUUAUACUGCGACUUGAGGAGGGAAUUAAUGGAAUUAAUGUUUUUGACCAUAUUGAGGUUUUUGGCAGAGAUAAUAGUUUUGCAAAUGAGGCUUUUCAUGUGAUGCCACUUGAAGUUUUUGGGUCUAGACGUCCAGGACGGACAACAUCUAUUUAUAGUCUUUUGGGCAGAACCGGUGAUACCCCUGUGCCUACUCAUAAUUCAUUAGAUAACAACUCGGUGGGUUUGGAUAAUAUAUUUCGAUCACUGAGAAGUGGACGCCAUGGACACCGAUUGCAAUUGUGGACUGAUAAUACCCAGCAAAGUGGUGGGACAAGCACUGUUGUUGUACCACAAGGCCUUGAAGAAUUGCUUGUUACUCAAUUACGGCGACCAACAGCUGAGAAGUCAUCCAAUCACAACAUAGCUGAAGCAGGGUCUCAUGGUAAAGUUGGAACCACCCAGGCACAAGAGGCAGGAGGUGCAAGGCCAGAUGUGCCCGUUGAAAGUAAUCCUAUUCUGGAAGUUAGUACAACAACUCCUUCAGUCAUUGAUAACAGUAACAAUGUGGAUUCCAGACAAGGAGGGACUGGUCCUUCACAAGCAAAUGUUUUAAGGACGCAUUCACAGGCAGUUGAGAUGCAAUUUGAACAUAAUGAUGGGGCUGUGAGAGAUGUUGAAGCUGUUAGCCAGGAGAGUAGUGGCAGUGGAGCAACUUUUGGUGAAAGUCUUCGGAGCUUAGAUGUAGAGAUUGGAAGUGCUGAUGGCCAUGACGAUGGUGGUGAAAGGCAGGCUUCUGCUGAUAGGAUAGCAGGUGAUUCACAGGCUUCACGCACAAGAAGAGCAAAUGUGUCUUCGAGUCAAUUUUCUCCUGUGGUUGGAAGAGAUGCGUCCCUUCAUAGUGUUACUGAAGUUUCAGAAAAUUCAAGCCGAGAUGCAGAUCAAGAUGGUCCAGCAGCAGAGCAGCCGGUGAACAGUGAUGCAGGAUCAGGAGCUAUUGAUCCUGCUUUUCUUGAUGCUCUUCCUGAGGAGCUGCGUGCUGAAGUCCUCUCAGCUCAGCAGGGUCAAGCAGCUCAGCCAUCUAAUGUUGAGUCACAGAACACUGGGGAUAUUGACCCUGAGUUCCUUGCAGCUCUUCCAGCUGACAUUCGAGCAGAAGUUCUAGCUCAGCAGCAAGCCCAAAGAUUGCAUCAGUCUCAGGAGCUGGAAGGGCAACCUGUGGAAAUGGAUACAGUUCUGUUAACAUCACCGGAUACUAUCCUUGCCAAUCUUACACCUGCUCUUGUUGCUGAGGCAAAUAUGUUGCGGGAGAGGUUUGCACAUCGUUACAGUCGUACUGUGUUUGGUAUGUAUCCGAGAAGUCGUAGAGGGGAGACUUCAAGACGAGAAGUUAUUGGUUCUGGUCUGGAUGCAGCAGGGGGAACCAUUUCUUCUCGCUGGUCCAGUGGAACUAAGGUUGUUGAAGCUGAUGGAGCACCUCUUGUUGAUACAGAAGCUUUGCAUGCUAUGAUUCGAUUAUUCCGAGUAGUGCAGCCACUCUAUAAGGGCCAACUCCAGAGGCUUCUUUUAAAUCUUUGCGCUCAUAGUGAAACAAGAACCUCGCUGGUGAAAAUUCUGGUGGGCUUACUAAUGCUUGAUGUAAAGAGGCCUGUCAGUCAUUUUAGUAAAGUUGAACCACCAUAUAGAUUAUAUGGUUGUCAAGUCAAUGUAAUGUAUUCACGUCCUCAAUCUUUUGAUGGAGUUCCUCCAUUGCUGUCUCGUAGAAUACUUGAAACUCUAACUUAUCUUGCUCGCAAUCAUCUGUACGUGGCAAAAAUUUUGCUUCAGUUCAGACUACCUUGUCCUGCAAUAAAAGGACCUGAUGAUGCUCGGGGAAAAUCUGUGAUAGUUGUUGAAGGCGAAGAAAAUACAAGUGAAAGUGAUGAAGGGCACAUCUCCAUUGCAAUGCUUCUAGGUCUCUUGAACCAACCACUUUAUUUGCGGAGCAUAGCCCAUCUUGAGCAGCUGCUAAAUUUACUGGAUGUUAUCAUUGAUAGUGCUGGAAACAAGUCAUCUGAGAAAUCCCUGAUAUCUAAUAACCUGUCAGCUCCACAAAUUUCUGCCCUGGAGGCUGAUGUGAAUGCAGAUUCUAUUAUUUUAUCAUCUGGGGAUGAUGCAUCUGCUAAAGUUGAGGGUUCUUCCAAACCCACAUCCUCUGGUAAUAAUGUUGAAUCUGAUUCACAUGGAGUGUUGAGUAAUCUUCCAAAAGCAGAACUCAGGCUCCUGUGCUCCCUGCUUGCGCAAGAAGGUUUGUCAGAUAAUGCAUAUACUCUUGUUGCGGAGGUAAUGAAGAAAUUAGUGGCCAUUGCUCCAAUUCAUUGUGAGCUUUUUGUAACUGAGCUGGCAGAAGCAGUUCAAAAGUUGACUUCAUCUGCAAUGAAUGAGUUACGAGUCUUUGGUGAAGCAAUGCAAACCCUGCUCAGUACGACAUCUACUGAUGGAGCUUCAAUUUUGAGGGUUUUGCAAGCCUUGAGUUCACUUGUCAUCUUACUGACUGGGAAAGAAAAUGAUAAAGGUACUUCUGCUCUGUCGGAGGUUUGGGAAAUCAAUUCAGCAUUAGAGCCCUUGUGGCAUGAGCUGAGCUGUUGCAUAAGCAAGAUAGAAUUCUACUCAGAGUCUGCCUCUGAGUCUUUGACAUCUUCUAGUACAUUUGUGUCUAAACCGUCUGGUGUAAUGUCUCCACUACCAGCUGGCUCUCAAAAUAUCUUACCUUACAUUGAAUCUUUCUUUGUGGUCUGUGAGAAAUUGCAUCCUGCUCAGCCAGGUGCUAGUCAUGAGUCAAGUAUUCCUGUUAUUUCUGAUGUUGAGUAUGCUAGCACAUCUGCAACUCCGCAGAAAGCAUAUGGAACUUCUGCCAAAAUAGAUGAGAAACAUGUGCCUUUUGUAAGGUUCUCAGAGAAGCAUAGGAAGCUACUAAAUGCUUUUAUAAGGCAAAACCCUGGUUUGCUCGAGAAAUCCUUCUCACUCAUGCUGAAGGUUCCAAGAUUCAUUGAUUUUGAUAACAAGCGGGCCCACUUCCGAUCAAAAAUUAAGCAUCAGCAUGAUAAUCACCAUAGCCCCUUGAGAAUAUCUGUGAGAAGGGCAUAUGUUCUUGAAGAUUCUUAUAACCAGCUUCGAAUGAGAUCAACUCAAGAUUUGAAGGGAAGGUUGACGGUUCACUUCCAAGGGGAGGAGGGCAUUGAUGCUGGUGGGCUUACAAGGGAAUGGUAUCAAUUGUUGUCCAGAGUUAUUUUUGAUAGAGGCGCACUGCUUUUUACUACAGUAGGAAACGAAUCAACAUUUCAGCCAAACCCUAACUCUGUAUACCAAACAGAACAUUUAUCUUAUUUCAAAUUUGUUGGUAGAGUGGUUGGAAAAGCAUUAUUUGAUGGUCAACUCUUGGAUGUUCAUUUUACUCGGUCAUUUUACAAGCACAUUCUUGGGGUCAAAGUUACAUACCAUGAUAUUGAAGCCAUUGACCCUGAUUAUUUCAAAAAUUUGAAAUGGAUGCUUGAGAACGAUAUCAGUGAUGUUCUGGAUCUUACUUUUAGCAUUGAUGCAGAUGAGGAAAAAUUGAUCUUAUAUGAACGAACAGAGGUGACUGAUUAUGAGUUGAUUCCUGGUGGACGAAAUAUCAAAGUUACCGAGGAGAAUAAACAUCAAUAUGUUGAUUUGGUUGCUGAGCAUCGGUUGACAACUGCUAUUCGACCUCAAAUAAAUUCUUUCUUGGAAGGGUUCAAUGAAUUGAUUCCCAGGGAGUUGAUAUCGAUAUUCAAUGACAAAGAGCUGGAAUUAUUGAUCAGUGGACUUCCUGAUAUUGAUUUGGAUGACUUGAGAGCAAAUACUGAAUAUACUGGAUAUAGUGCUGCAUCGCCAGUUAUCCAAUGGUUUUGGGAGGUUGUUCAAGGUUUAAGUAAAGAAGACAAGGCCCGGCUUUUGCAGUUUGUGACAGGCACAUCAAAGGUGCCUUUGGAAGGCUUUAGCGCUCUCCAAGGAAUUUCAGGCUCCCAGAAGUUUCAGAUACACAAAGCAUAUGGAAGUCCUGAUCACUUGCCUUCUGCUCAUACUUGUUUCAAUCAAUUAGAUUUGCCGGAGUAUCCAUCUAAACAACAUUUGGAAGAGAGGCUACUGCUGGCAGUUCACGAGGGAAGUGAGGGUUUUGGAUUUGGAUGA